AAGAAGCAGUUGAUGCUCAAAGACUAUCUGAUAGACGAUCUGAGCUCCUGCUCAUCCAGCGGCUUCAAAUCCUUCCCACGCCGCCAAUGCUGCACAACCUUAAGAUUUCUCCUCGAAAUCGACCUCAAAUCCUCCUCCCGGCCACAACUGCCGCCCCAGCGGUCCAUUCAAAACCACAAUAACCUCAAGAGUCAGAAUCCAAAGCAAUUACUCCGACGGAGCCGCUCCAGAGCCGCCGCUUCCAACACCUUCUCCGCUCUCCAAAGAGCUUCCGGCGCCGUCAUCAACGCCUUCAGAAACUUGCAGUUUCACUCUGUCAAGUCCACUUCAUCGUCUGUACAAAGCAGUGCUCGAAAAGGAGGACUAGUUUUGCUUCUGCCUCGCAGCAUUUCCCGGCGUUUGUGGAGGAAGAACUUCCAGACAAAAGUAGAAGAAGAGAAGGACGUGGGAAGGUGGAGAUCAUUCCGAGAACUUCUGCAGGAGAAAGAUACGCCGUCCGAUGAGACCACAGCCAGUACAGAAAGUACCGACAGUAAAAGCAACAGUAACAGUUGGGGGGAGAGUGAGUUUAGUUUGAACUCGGAGAGUUCAAUCGGUAGCCACGUGUCGACGGAAGGUAAAAGUUGUUCACCAGAAAAUAAGAAAAUCAGCGCAAGAGUUGGCGUAACAGCCGGUGAGGAUUCCAUUGAAACACCAACCACCGGCACCUCCAGCAGCUCACCUCAUAACACAAAGACUCUAGAGUACCAUACAUACGUAGCUCGUAGAACUGCAAGGAAGAGGCUAGCUGGCUGUGGGGGCUUGGAAAAUUGCGAUUGCAUGCGUUUCUCACUAACGGGGCGUUUAAGUGGGAAUGGCGCGGUUGGUGCGCGUAGUAAAGCGACUAAAGGCAGGUCCCAUGGGGGUAGUUUUGGUAAUUCAAUGGCGGUCGUCGAUGACAAGGAGGUGUUGAGAGCUGAGGGUUUGGAGUGGCUGAACAAAGAGGAGGAGAAGGAACAAUUUAGUCCCGUUUCGGUGCUCGACAGACCAUUUGAAGAUGAAGACGAUGAGAGUAGCAGUAGCAGCCCUCCUUUUCGAUGUAGACUUGCUCGAAUGGAAGGUACACAGCUCAUGCAGAAAAUCAGACGAUUCGAGAACCUCGCUAAACUGGAGCCAAUCAACUUGGAAAGACGAAUGGUAAUGUCAGAGGUCGACGAUGAAGAUGAACGAGAUAACAAAACGGCAGAGAAGGCCGGAAAGCUAGUGAAGCAGUUUAUCAUCGAAACAAGUAGUUAUGUGCUAUCAAAUGGUUUAGUGUAUAUGAAGGCAGAUAAGCUACCGGUGGAUUUGUUCAUGGAGAGGAGUACUGUGAAAGACAGCGAGAAAAAUGUGGUGAUGGAAGAGGUAUUGAAGGUAGCAGAGGAGUGGGUGAAUGGAGAGUCACACAUGUUGUCGAGUUGGGAGGUCGAAAAUGGCAGACAAGUUUAUGUUAAUGAUAUGGACAAUAAGUACUGUGGGAAGUGGAUGCAAUUGGAUGAACAAGAAAAAGAGGUGGGUUUGGAGUUGGAGGUUGAGGUAUGGAAUUUUUUGCUCGACGAAUUCCUGCUUGAUCUAGUUAGCUAG